GUGGAUGAGUAGUGAACAAAGGUUUAGUGGAAGAGCUUGACGUUUCAAGGAUAAUUCAAAUAAUAAGUUUAAACUGGAAGACCUAACCUAAUUAAGGCUUUAUCGCCUUGAGGAUGGGAAUUAGAAGCAUCCGAUUACCCAUCAGGUCUGAGUCUCGUAUUCGUUCUUCCUUACAGACCAUGAAGCGAUUUUCUUACAUAUCAUGUGAUCCUACAACUCUGUUUACAUUGCUGAUCUUGACCACUGUGAAAGAGAGCAGAUGUAUACCAGAUCCUCAUCUGAGAGAGCUUUUGCUCCAAGAGGAAGCCUAUAGGCAGAUCGGUGGCAGCGAGGAGCUUAAUACAGCAGAGCGACGACUUGACUCCCUCUUGCUAAAAUUGAAAGAACAGGAGAUGAAGGAUCCGCAUUUCCCUCCAGCUAUGCACUUCUUUAAAGCAAAACCCUACAUCCAGAAGAGCCCCGUGUUUAAAAUACUACAAAAAAUGCCCAAAGGUGCUAUCCUACACAUUCACAGCUCUGCUUUAGUAAGCGCGGAUUGGCUCGUGAUGAAUGCAACAUAUCGCCCUCACUGCUACACAUGUUUCACAUGGACGGGACGUGUGCAGUUCAAAUUCUCAGCACGCCAGCCAUUGCCGAGUUUGGGUUGCUCUCGAUGGACCCUGUUGAAGGACCUGAGAGCCACCAUUAGUGAUGUACCCGCUUUUGACAAAAGUUUAAUGCGGAACCUCACACUGUUCACUGAGGACCCAGAUGUGGCGUACCCAACUCAGGAUGAAGUGUGGAAUCAGUUCGAACAAAUCUUUGGCUCAAUCUCAGGGCUGUUCAGAUAUGCACCUGUUUUUAAAGAUUACAUUUACCAAGGUCUCCUGCAACUCUACAACGAUAAUAUCUCAUAUAUGGAGCUGAGGGCUGGCAUGUCCCAGAUAUAUGAGCUUGAUGGCACUAUGUAUGACAAAGCGUGGUUUAUUGAAACCUGCAAAAAUGUAACUGAGCAAUUCAAGUUGGAGCAUCCAGAUUUCAUUGGGAUUCGAAUAAUUGUAUCGGCCCAGAGGUCACAGAAUUUGUCAAAGAUCAAAAACGCAGUAAAAGAUACCAUAGAGAUGCAAAAACGAUAUCCGGAGAUCAUCGCUGGCUUUGAUUUGGUUGGACACGAGGAUGCAGGGAAUUCCAUCUGGUACUUUCGAGAUGCUUUAUCAUUCCCCACUGAGGUUAAAGCCAAACUUGCAUACUUUUUCCAUGCUGGAGAGACCGACUUAUACGGCACAGAUGUAGAUAGGAACAUACUGGAUGCUCUGUUAUUCAACACUACACGUAUCGGGCAUGGUUUUGCCCUGGCACACCAUCCCCUGGCAAAAGAACUCUCCAGAAAGUUGGGAGUGCCAGUGGAAGUAUGUCCUAUAUCCAACCAGGUGCUGAAGUUGGUGUCAGAUUUGCGGAAUCACCCCGCUGCAGGGUUAAUGUCAGAGGGACAUCCCAUGGUGGUGAGCUCAGACGAUCCGACCUUGUUUGACACUGCUGGACUCUCCUACGAUUUCUAUGAAGUCUUUGUUGGAUUCGGAGGUCUGAGUGCCAAUCUAGGCACGCUGAAAGAGUUGGCAAGGAAUUCGAUCAGGUACAGUUCAUUGCCCCCAGUGCUUAAGGAUAUAGCCAUGGGCUUAUGGCAACAAAAGUGGAACAAAUUUGUGUCAGAGAAUUCACCAUAGUAACAGAAAGGUGAAGAAAACGUUCUAAGAGCAAUUUCACAUUGGAAACCCCCCUACAAAUGUAGUGCAGCCACAGUUAAUUUAAGUACUGUUACACAGAUUAUUUCGUCAUUUGAUGGAUCUCUGUCCCGUAGGUUUAAAAAAAAAAAAAAAAAAAAUAUAUAUAUAUAUAUAUAUACUUCUGGACAUUAGGCUAAGUUAUGAAAUUAUAUAAAUGAGAUAAUGAAAUUGGAAUGAAUUACAUUUUUUUCAAAAUAUAAUUAAUAGAAUUUUAAUGUUUAUUAUAACUUUUUAUAAUGAAAAAUACAUUUACAAUAAAAAAAUUACAGUGCAGAAAUGUUAACAUCUACACUAUACCCACAUGUGGGCAGGGGAAGCUCUGUGGUUAAAACAUUGGACUUCAGUUCGGAGGGUCCCAGAUUCAAACCAAGCUGCCGCUGCUGGGCCCUUAAACAAGGCCCUUGAUCAACAACUGCUCAGAUGUAUAAUGAAAUAAGAAUGUAAGUCGCUAUGGAUAAGGACGUCUGCCAAAUGCUAUAAAUGUACAGUAUAUGAGCACCUGAAACAAGUACCAAAAAGAUUCAAAGCACAUAAUUGUCUAGGAUGUCUUUGGAUGACAGUGUACAGUACGAACAGGCACAAUACUGUAUGUCUUAAUAAAUCAUCAUAAAGCUUAUCUUUGGGGAAAAAAACAUGAUAAAAUGCAUUACUUUUUCAUUCAAGUUGUCAAUUCAUGGUGUUUGUUUAACCAGUCCUGAUUCUGUGCAAAAUCCAGAUUUUAAAUCUUUCAGUUUGGUGCAGUUAAUUCACUUUGCUCUAAUGACUUCUAUUGGGGUUCACAUCAUUCACUUAAACAUUGUUUUUAAGCCUACAAAUGAGCAGUUUACAAGAGACCUCUAUUGAAACAAGACAAUGAUUUAACUUACACCUUUAAUUCAAAGACAAGUAAAACACAACAAAAUAUAUAUCAAUUUGACAUUUUCAAUAAGAAAAAAAGACAGAUAUACAGAAUAUUCUUUCAUAUAAUGAUUUUUUUGAUCCAAACAAAAGCUCCUAAUGUGCUACGGUAUUGGGAUGCAGGGGUUU